AUGCAAAUUAAUAAAGCAUAUUUAGAAAGCCCCUUCAUUUUAUAUGAAACAAUAAAUGAUGUAUAAGAAAAAUCUUCAGAUAAUUUUUAAUAAUCUGAAGUUGAUAAUAAAUAAUUAAGGUAGGUAGAUCAAUUAAGAAAUUAAGGUCAGCUAUAAAUAUAUGAUCAACAAAAUCAACCUUAUCAAUCACUAAAUUAUAAUUAAGAACAGAAUUUUUUUUCAUCAACAAAGUUCCUUUAAUAAAAUGAGGAGGAAUCAAAAAAUAAUUAACUUUAAUAUCAUGAAUUACAAAUAUUUAACUAAUUAGACCAUGAUUAUGAAUAAUAAAUUAACCUAUAAGAGGAAUAUGAUGAACAACAUCAAUAAGAUCACCCCAUAAAUUUAAGAAACUAGAUGUCAUAAGAAAAUAGGGAUUUUAAUCAUAAAUAAGUUACUCAGCUUGAACUAGAGGAAUUUGGAAGAAUAAUUGAAGUAGGUCUUUCCUAAAUUCAAAAGGAAGAAGAAUUAAUCAAUGAUAAAUUUAAUCAUAUAUCGAGUAAAUCAUAAAAUUUGUACAUAAUUAGUGAUAUUUUUUGUUCAAAUACAAAGAUAAAAUUUAAGAUUAAUAAUUUAUACAUUAGAAAUGAAAAGGUCCUUAAAGAUAUAUUUAAAAAAAUCCAUAAAAUGAAAGUUAAACUUGACUCAGUUGAUUGUGUAUAAUUUAAUCAAGAAUUAAAAAAUUAUUGCUAAUAACAUGAGAUAAUUUUAAUCCUUUCUGGUCAUUAAGAAUAAAUAUUCAAUUUUUAUUAUGUAAAUGCUUAAUAAUCUAUUAAAUUUGCAUUUAGUUUGAUUAAUAUUUUUAAUAAUCAAGAUUUAUAUGAAUUUGAGGGAAAAUAAGAUAUUAUUGAACUGGGAAAUAAUAUUAUUGAAAGUAUUUUAAUGCUCUAAGAAUAAUAGGCAGGCAAACAAAUGCAUAUAAAUUUUGAUAUGAUUAAUAAUUUGAUUUUAGUUUGUGUUAGAUGGAUGAAUUAGAUAUAUUAUUAAUAGUUGAAUAACAAUAAUAGAUUGUGUCUUUGUUAGAAUGAGAAUUCAAGCUGUGAUGGUAUAAAUAACGAUUUAAAUUAGUAAUAAAUGAAUAAACAACAUUUUAAGAUAAUCUAGGAAGCAACUUAGAAAAUUAGUAUUUUUGCUAUUUGAAAUAUUAUUUAGAAAUCAACUAUGAUCUAGCAGUAGUUCUAUUUAAGUUAAUUUUUGGUGAUGAUAAAUCUCUUAUUAUUCAGGAUAAAAAUUUAACUAGAAGAAGGUUAAGUCGUUUCUUUAAUAAAAUAAUUAAAUUAGCUUAAUCAUAAACAAUAAUAGAAGUUGGUUAAGUGGUAAAUUAUUUUUUAUUUAUUUAAUAGCUUAAAUUAUAAAAAGAACAAAAACCUAAAGUUUUCUAGAACAUGAUAAAAAUCAGAAAUGAACAUAAAAAGAUACAGAAGAGAUGUAAAAAUUAUUAAAUAAAUUAGAAUCAUAAGAAUGA